AUGAAUGCGCUCAAACAAGCUUUGGAAAUGGAAUUGAUUGAUGAAGCUAAAAUGAUCUUGGAAAAAAUAUCUAGAAGUAGUCAAUUCUCAAUGAAAGGUUUGUUGAUGAUUUGUCCUUCAAAAUUAACAAGGUCACUUUUUGUUCAAAUGUCAAAAAGUGAUCAACAAGUUAAAAUUGAAAAAGAUAGGAACAUAUUGAUAGCUGCAUCGCAAGGCAAUAUUCCUGAAAUAAAGUAUUACUUGCUGGAAAAGUCAAGACAAUUAGAAGUGAGAUCAAAAAUCGGUUUGACACCGGUUUUAGCUGCAUGUUCAACAGGACAAUUAGAAGCAUUGAAGUACUUGAUAGAUAUAGGUGCUGAUUUGAAUGUUAUGACCAAUAAGAAUGCGAAUGCUUUAUCGAUUGCUUGCGAAUUUGGUCAUUUAAACAUUGUCAAAUUUUUGGUUGAAAAACAUAAUUUUGAUUUCAAUAAGUUUUACUCUGAUGGAAUGACUCCUUUUUGUUUGGCAGCAGUAUCAGGAAAUGUUGAUAUUCUUCAAUAUCUUGUAUCUAAAGGUGUAAAUCCAAACCAACAAAGCCAAUCUGGAGAAAAACCAAUUGUUUACGCCGUGCAAAAUAACAGACAAAAUGUUUUGGAAUAUUUGUUAUCAAAGAAUUGCAAUAUUAAUGAUAUUAGUAUUACUGGAGACUCUUUAGUAAAUAUUGCUUACUCAAAAGGUUAUAAAGAAUUAACACAAUAUCUUAUUGAUCAUGGUGCAGAUCUAACUAAAGUUAAUAAUAUUGGAAUGAAUUUACUUCACUUCACUUGUGGAAAAGGUGACUUAAUGUUGAGUCAAUUAGCAAUACAUCAUGGAUUAAAUGUUAACCAAGAGCGAGAACCAGAUAAAUCAACACCUUUCAUCAUGGCUUGCUAUUCAGGAAAUGUUGAAUUAAUAAAAUAUUUGCAGCAAAACGGAGCAAACAUUAAAAAGUUGACAAGAAAUUCAAUUACUCCUUUUUACGCAGCUUGCGAAGGAGGAAAUCUUCAAGCAGUACAAUAUCUUCUUGAACAAGUUGUAGAUACAAAAACAAGAGAUAUUUAUUGGAUAUCGCCUUUAUUGGUUGCAUGCAAAGCUGGAAGAUACGAAGUCGUAAAAUUCUUGAUAGAAAAUAAAUUCGAUGUUACAGAAGUUGAUGUUAAUCAAUGCAAUGCUUUUUAUUACAGCUGCCAAUCAGGUAACGUAGAACUUGGUAAAUAUCUUUUCAAGGUUGCCAAUUUCGAUGUUAACCAGAAAUUCUGGAAUGAUAAUACUUGUUUGCAUAUUGCAGCUUUCAAUGGACAUUUGGAUGUUUUAAAGUUCUUGAUUAAAAAGAAAUGCGAUGUUUACGCGAGAACAAAAAGUGGAUCAAUGGCAAUCCACAUGGCAGCUAAAAGUGAUAAACCAGAAAUUGUUGAAUACCUCUUUAGAUACGAUAAGAAUUUCUUGGAAGAAAGAGGUCCUCAUUACAAUACUUCUUUCUUAAUUGCAGCUCUUAAUGAAAGCCGGAAAACAAUGAAGUUCUUAUUGCAAAAGAAAGCAAAUAAACUUGCAAGAAAUGAUACAGAACUCACAGCAAUGCAUAUAGCAGCUGCUGAAGGAAGAGUUAAUAUGCUUGCAAGAUUAUUAAAAUUAGGUUUCGAUGUCGAUGAAGUUUUAUUGAAAGAAACUCCUCUUUCGAGAGCAUCUCUUUAUUGUCAAUAG